AUGCCAACAGCAACACAAGAACCUUCCUCCAAAACGGACGCCUACAGCAACCGCAUCGUCCUAACAACCUACCCCUCCCAAAGCGUCGCCAACCCAAUCCCCCUAACCUGGGGUUCCUCAGAUCCCGAAACCCGCGGUCCCGUAAUCGUCUCCCGCAGCAAAAACACCCUCAGCAAGCGCAACGCGAUCGGCGCCCACGGCGGCAGCUACUCCUUCUACACCGCGCUCGCCAUCGCCUCAGGGGACCUGGAGCCCAACUUCCGCCCGAAUUUCCUCAACACGCAGCCGACAUUCAAUUUCCCCUACCAAGAUGCAUGGGGGGACAAGAGCAAGAUCGUCUCGAUGGAUCCGUUCGGCCAUGAUAUUGUCAAGCACUACGGGAAGUAUCUAGAUGAGGGGGUCGACGUACGGCCGACCAUCGCUGUGACGAGGGCGACGAUGCGUGUCUCUGAAAUAACGGAUGCGAUUGCGCGCGGUCGGGUCCCUAUCGACGGGAACAUCGUUCUCAAUGAAGGUGGGGAUGUGAAGGUCACCAAAGUAGCCGUGGAGCCCGUGUGGUAUCUCCCCGGUGUGGCUGAUCGGUUCGGCGUAUCAGAGAAGGAUCUGCGCCGGGCGUUGUUCGAACACACCGGGGGAAGUUAUCCGGAGUUGAUUACCAGACCUGAUAUGAAGGUAUUUCUUCCGCCGAUUGGCGGGCUGACGGUUUAUAUCUUUGGGCCGCCAGAACGGGUAUCUGAUCCGGAGAUGCGACUGGCGCUGCGGAUUCAUGAUGAGUGUAAUGGGUCGGAUGUGUUUCAGUCGGAUAUUUGUACGUGUCGGCCGUAUUUGACGUUUGGGAUUGAGGAGGCGAUUAAGGAGGCGCAGGGGGGUGGGAGUGGAGUGGUAAUUUAUUUUCGAAAGGAGGGAAGGGCGCUGGGUGAGGUGGUGAAGUAUUUGGUGUAUAAUUCGAGGAAGAGGGGUGGAGAUACUGCCGAUAAGUAUUUUCAGAGGACGGAAAAUAUUGCGGGGACUAAGGAUAUGAGAUUUCAGGCUUUGAUGCCGGACAUCCUGCAUUGGUUGGGCAUUACGAAGAUUGAUCGCAUGCUGUCCAUGUCGAAUAUGAAGCAUGAUGCGAUUGUCGAGCAGGGCAUUCCGAUUUAUGAACGUAUUCCUAUUCCGGAUGAUAUGAUUCCGGAAGAUUCGCGCGUAGAGAUCGAUGCGAAGAUCCAUUCUGGGUACUUCUCGACCGGAAAAGAGAUCACAGAAGAAGACCUCAAGCAGGUUAAGGGACGUGGCUGGGAGUCUUGGGAGGAUGUGACGGUGAGUCAAUAA